AUGCGCAUGGAGGACAACCGCCUCCCCAAGCGCAUGCUGUCAGGAGCAAUGACGGCGGGCGUGGGAUACCGGGGCGGGCAGGAGAGCGACUGGGUGUCUCGACUAGGAGAGGACCUCGUGGCCUUCAACAUGGGAGACGAAAAGGAAGGGGGGUGAAUGGAAAGAGAGCGCCAAGGACCCGGAGGUGUGGUACAACAAGGUCGAGGGCGGGGCGGCAUGGUUCGUGAGGAAAUGACACGGGAAGGAGGCGGAAGCGUCCGCGAAGCGCCAGCGCGCGAGGGAAGCAGAAGCAGAGAGUACGGCCUCAGGACCGAAGAGAAAGAGAGCCGAAGCAGUGGCGGUGGGGGGGAAGAAACGGCGACCGGGCACUGCUGUAGAAGCGAGUAGGGCGGCCGAGGCAGCACUUGUGGCGAACUAUGUGCCCGGCUGAUGUUGUUGCGCCCUGUUUUCCUCCCUGCUGUAUGCUAUACUCCUUCAUGUAUGUCCUUUGUAUUGCCUUUGGCCUCUGUGCUGUGUUUCUGUGUUUCUUUUUUUCAUGAUCUCCCUGCCUACUCUGCUGUGUUGGGUACCUACCGUGAUCUCGCUUUGCUGUUGCCUUUGUUUUUGUACGUCAGGCUGUCUGCCCAUCUGCCGCCUCUUUGUCCUGUUUGCUCUGUUACUCCCAUGCCCUGGUGCGUAGUGCCUGGUGCUGGUACGUCACCCUUUGAUUUUUCCUUUGGGCGGGUGUGGGAAGCGUCCUCCUUUAUUUUUGUUUUUGUAUUUUUUUGAUCGGUUUCCGAGGGCUCUUUUCUCGAACGGUCGGUGCGAUACCUGUUAUUUUCUUUCUAUCAUUUUGUUUUCUUGUUCCGAGAGGUUCUGAAUACAGUACCGCCAAUACUAUACUGUACUAAACACACAGGUGUUUUCUUCGGUUCCCAUCUAACCGGGCGCCCCGGUGGUCUAGUGGUAUCCUCGUAAUCCGCUAGUCGCAGAGGUCAUGAGUUUGAAUCCCCAUGGGGUGAAAAAUUGACGACAUUUGCGUGUGAAAGCGAAAUAUAGGUAAAAAGCUCUCGUGAGUACCAAACUUCGACGUUAGCACCGUUGACGAGGGAAAGGGACGGCUGGACCCUUCUCGCGAUAAAAAUAAAAUUGAGCACGCACCGCAGGAGGAAGGUGGGGCAUGAAAGGAAUAUAUAUAAACCCCCUCCUGUGUGACCCUUGGAUGGUUGUAGUUGUACGAAAAAUACACUGAAAAGUGUAGUACUCUACAUACACGUCUCACCACGAAAAAUGGGGGGACUGUCGCCAUAAAAAAUAGGACGAAAACACACACACACACACACGCACACAAGACGACCCGCAAGCGAGCUACCAACUGCUACGUUUGUCUGGCGUUCCACGCUUGUUUCAUCUACUUAGAACGAUUGCACCGAGCAUUACCAACACUGCCGCAAGAGAACAUGACAACGUGAUGAUAUGGGCAGUAAGCAAGAUCGUUCUCGGCAAAAUGGCAAACACUGUGGGAAUUCCAACCGUGGAAGAGGUACGCGCAAACCCAGAAAAGAGUGAGGUCGACUUCUUCAAAGGUUCAGCUCGGGCACAGGUGCACCU